AUGACUUUGCGAUCCGGAUGUGCGAUUGAAAUAAUCGACAAUGAAUGGUGUGUGCUGAAAGCGGUGCGCUCAAUUCGGCUUGCGCGACAAAGGGAAUUCAGGUUAACCUCAUCAAGCGCAACGCAUUCCUGGUAUAUAUUCUCCCCACCCUGAGCUAAGUUAAAGCAGAUUCAUCUGUUCUUUUUCUGAAUUUCGAUCUUCCUCCUCUACAUCAGUUGCAUGAUUUCUCCGUCUCUGCAUCCUGUCAGUAGACCAUAAUCGCCUACAAGUUCUGCUCCCCGUCGGUGCUCUUUUCAAGGCGCUCGCCAUGGCCCAACCACUUCCACCAGAGGCGGAGCCUGCAUCCAUCCUCUCCGCCGCUCUCUCCAAACCCCGUCCGCCCACGUACACCUACAACGUGCAGCCCCUUCUCGACGCGCCCGCUAUCCUCGCGAAAGCGCAAGCUGACCCUAACAAUAAAGGCGUCCGAAUCAUCGUAAUCCCUGAGUCGUGGAUGCCCUCCCCGCUAGCACCCAACCUCUCAGCGCGCAGAUUGCUAGAGGUGAAAACCGCCCUCGUAGGGGUUCCGGGUGGCCCCCGUCCAAAAGGCAAUGGAGAGGAGAUCUGGUUGAGCUGGAAGCGCGCGUACGAUUUGUGGAAUAACUUUUAUAUUCCGGGACGCGUGAACCCGGUCUGGGUGAGGAACGAGUGUGAACGGAGAGAGAGGGAGAGAAAGGUGUGGGAAAAGCAGAGGGGAGAUAAGAGGAGGGCGCAGUUGCCGAAGAUGUGGCAUGAGAGUCUGGCUGGUGGUAAUAAUGGUGGUGGCGGGACCGGUGGGAGAUCCCAAGAGAAUAUUGGCCUGGGGAUGACCGGCAAGGGUGACAAUGGGCAAGCCGCAGCCGUCUCUAACUCAAAGCCAAAAUCUGAGGGCACUGACCCCAAGUAUCCUGGGGUAAUGGAUCGUACGUGCGAUGAAGAUGGCUCAAGCGGUGGGUUUUUUGCCCUUAAGGACAUACCGGAAUUGAAAUGGCCUCCCCCAACCGACGACGAUGAAUUCUGCUGGGACGAUCCCAUCGACAAUACCGUCUGGCGACCCAGACGCGUGGGAGAGAAGACGCUGAAGAUCGACCUCGAUGAGAGUCUGGAAGAGUUUCAGAGGAAUAGCGAUCUAGAGUUCGAUGGAGGGUUUGAUUGUGGGCGGACUCCCUAUCCGGUCUUCCGGCCGCUUAUUCAGUACGUUAAAACCCAGGAGGGAGCGUUCAAGAAGAAAAAGACAUGGGACGGUGUCACGGGAACCAUCUUCAACAUGCCGACCAAACCACUGGAGCCCGGAAAUCAGCCCAAGGAUGCAAAGCUUGAGCGUGUCAACCAGAUGUACAGAGAUUCCUAUCACAACCUUAACCGGCCACAGCAUGCUAACGACGGUAUCUUCCCCCUGAAUAUCCGUCGCCUGAUGAGAGUCGACCCCGUAUCUACGACCGAAAAAAGAACCCCGCUCUUAGUCAAAAGGAUAGGCUCAGAGGAAACCCUUAUGUACGACCGAAGUUCUGAGAAGGAUCCCCAACUGUUUCCGCGUCGAGACAUGACGCCUGACGAUCCAUGGUGGGUGACAGCCGAGCAGCGGAUGCUCGCGGAUCAGCCCCCUCGCCGCUACCCGCCGCCUGCACAAAAGUACGACUCAGAGCUCCUGCCCAUCGACGAGACGCUCUGGCAAGAGGAGUAUCAGAAAGAUGAUUUCUUGAUGGCGAGAUACUUCGUGACUAACCUGCACGGAGGCACUCUCAUCGUAAACGGGCUGGAGGUUCGUGAGGCGGAGGUUGCGGGCCCACUGCCCGCGUUCGCGGUUAUUGAGUGUCCUGGCGGCCAGGUCGCUUUCUGGUUCGGGACAAGGGGUAGAAAUCAUGGUGAGGGUGACGAGUUGAUGGAUCCGAAGCUGCGGGAAAAACACUGGGAUGUGUUGAGGAAACUGGAGGGGUGGGAGUUGGCGGGUCUGACGGCGGGUGAAGUCUGGAAUGAAAAGAUUAAAGAUCGGGAGAAGAGGAAGAGGAGUGGGGAGGCGGAAGACGAUGAUGAAGAAUGGGAUGCGUGGAUGAAGGCAAAGCCUGUCGAAGACAUGCAGACUCAAACCAACUCCGUCACGUAUCAGCUUACAAUCCCAGGGAGUAGUCCUGGGAAGCCGUUACCGCUCCCAGAUAACAUUGCCCAGCCACACGUCGUGUUCCCCUCCGCAGAGAAAGAACUCGCAUACCUAACAGCACAAAGCGAGCGUCGUCCCCCAACAGACAUGUCUUGGGCAAUCCUACCAUCGGAGGAAGAUUUCCUUCCCGGCUCCGUAAGCCGCUCGAACUACAUCCAAACAGGAGCCCCGACGCAGCAGGAAGUUGACUCGGUCUGGCCAGAAUUGAUAGAGGAUCGACAGCGGGCCAUGCUGCGUACGGAAGAGAUUGCAAAGAGGGCACGAGCCGAGAGGGAGAGAAUCGACCUCAUCCUGGAGCAUGCGGCUGAUAGGGACCGGAGAAAAGAACAAAAAAAGAAAGAAGCUAAUAAGCAAGCUCUCGUGGAUAGAUAUAGAGAAGAGAAGGCAAGGGUAGAUCAGGCUGACAGGAAGAAGUGGGAAGCUGAGCGGGAAGCUGAAGCUAAAGCUGCGGCGACGAUUGGGAAGCGAAAGCGUCUAUCCAAAUACCUUGUUAAGAGGUUACCACGGGGCGGAGAUCCUAGACUACUGCAUUCGGACGAUGACUCUGAAAGCUCGGAGGAUAUGCAGAGUCCCUUGGUGAAGAAGAAGCAGCGCACAGAGACCGAGCGGGGGAAGACCACCUCAGCCAAGAAGCCCCUCUCUCUAGAAAUGGAAUCUCAGGGUCUCGAAGAGAUGCCUCCGCCGAAGAAGCGAAGAGAGCUGCGGGAAGAAGAUACUUUUGCAGAGAAGAACGAACGAGAAGGAAAUUUGGAGCAAGUGUCCCCUGGCUUCGCCAAACAGCAGAGAUCGGCACAGAGAUAUGAAGACCUAGACCGCAAGUUGUUGAAGAUUCAGGAUCCGAUUGAGAAGAAGCGCAAAGAAGCAACUGGGCAGUUAGAGCAAAGGAAAGCAACACCCAGGCUCCAGGCGCCAAGGCUGUUGGAUAUACAACCUCCACCGUUAAGAGAAGCCAGCGCCCACGCUGAAUCCCCGAAAUCUUCAUCAACAGAAUCCGAUCCCGAAUAUCAGCAGGACAUGAAACGGGCCAUGAAACAGGCCAUGAUGAAUUUAUUACAGGACUCAGACCCCAAGGCCUCAAAAGCACCGGCCGUCACGAAGGAACAAGUGGAAUCAGAACAAGCGGAACUGGAAGGACUGGAAAACCGAGAGUUAGUAGGCAUGGUCCGCGGCCUUAAACACAGCUUCAAGCUCAAGCUCCGUGAGGAAAGCGCCGCCUGCUCCAAAACCAACAUCCAAUUCGCCCAGGAUGCCGGCUUCACAACCGUCAAAGAGUACAUCGCCGACCGCGUCAAAUCAGCCACCGUGAACGACGGCCUCGUGCCCCACUUCCCCCUCAUUGCCGCCUCCGACCCUCGCACACCCCUCGAAAUCGCCCAUCUCGAUCUCGACGUCUUCAAAAUCCAGCUCCGAGCCGCCUACGCAAGCGGCACCCAAGCACGCGCCGAGCUCUUUGGCCUCUCAUGGGAGGAAUACACCCAAUCCAUAGCGGGCAUGGAGCCCGAAGCAUACCUCACGAGUUUGGUCAACGAUGCAAACCUCACCGCUUCGAGUAUGCCGCAGCGGUUUAUUGGCCAGAAGACGGAGAGUGAGAGCGAGAAGAAGAAGAAGGCGAAGAUGAGUGAGGCGGAGAGGAAAGAAGCGGAGAAGAAGAAGCAGGAAAAGAAUAAUGCGGAGAGGAGGGAGCAGCGGAGAAAAUGGGAUGACUUGUGUGCGCUGCUUUUUGAGGCGGGGGAUUAUGACGCGAAGACGCGGAUUGCGGAGUCGAAGCCGACGACGACGCCACCAAUGAGGAGUAAGAAAGGCAGGCCUAUCACGAUUGUUUAGGAAGAGAUAGUAGAUGGGCUGUGGGAUUCUUGGAUGGGAGAAGGGGUUGGGGAAUAUGGCGCGCAUGGAGGGAGGAAUGGGAAUGGAGUUCGUGUUUUGGGUGGAUGGGUUCCUCGCUUCUUGAUAGGGGAGGUGGGGGGAGU